ACAUGGCGGCGGGUAGCAGGGGGCAGCCACCCCCGCGCGAGGACGCGGCCGCCCCGCUCCCCGCCCUGCCCCCCUUCCCGAGGGGCUGCCGGGCCGGGCGGCAUUGUUGGCCGCGUCCAUCACUCCCCGGCCCGGCUGACAUAAUGAAUGCGCUUGGACACACCUUCCAGCCCGGCGGAGAGGCGCGGCGUGCCUCCCCCGAGCGCUCCGCUCACCGCAGCCCUCCCGGCCCCGCAGCCCGGCGCCCCGUCCCAGCCCAGUGAGGGGCCGCGGCGGCCGGGCCGGGCCGGGCCGGGCCGGGCGGCCCUCGCUAUGCUGCCCAGCGCGCUGUACUGGGACCUGGUGGGCUCGUCGGCGCUCCUCAACCUGCCGGCGGCGCCGGGCUUCGGCAGCCUGGGCAAAAGUUUCCUCAUCGAGAACUUGCUGCGGGCCGGCGCGCCGCAGAGCCCUGCCCAGCUCCGUCCCCUCCCCGCCAGCCCCGUCCCCCUCAAGCUGUGCCCCGCGGCGGAACAAAUCAGCCCCUCGGGGGGUCCCUAUCCGACCAGAUGGGCUUUCCAAGUGCUUAACCCCUCGGCGGCGGGCGGCGGCCGCCUGCCAGCGCGGGCUCCGGCGGCGGCGGACAGAGGCGGCGUCUUCCCGCCGGCGGCCACAGCUCUUUCCAAACACUUUUUUCUCCGAGCCCCGCCAUUCUACUCAGCGUGCUGCGGUGGGUCCUGUCAGCACCCUGCAUCCCCCACUGCUUUUCCAAGAGAGGAAAGUGUCCUGCCUCUUCUGACCCAGGAGUCUAACUCCAAAGCCCGGAGAGGUAUAUUAAGAAGAGCUGUCUUUUCUGAAGACCAGAGGAAGGCUUUGGAGAAAAUGUUUCAGAAGCAGAAGUAUAUCAGUAAAACAGACAGGAAGAAACUGGCCAUUAACCUGGGCCUAAAGGAGUCUCAGGUAAAAAUUUGGUUUCAGAAUCGAAGGAUGAAGUGGCGAAACUCCAAAGAAAAGGAAGUGCUUUCAAACAGGUGCCUCCAAGAAGGUCUCCAGGAAAACUACCUCUCACAGUCUACCAUGAAUUUUGCCUCCCCAUGUCCCUCUGUAUGGGAAGUGUCACAGGAGCAGACAAGUCCAAGGUGGAGGGAGAAGUCUCCAGGAAAUUCUGAAAGACUGGCUAGUAUACAGCCACCUCCAAGAGCAAACGCAUCACAGAGCCCAUUGUAUUUGUAUCCUGACCAUGACACUGCAAAUAAGGCAGUUACAUCAACAACCUAAGAAAGUAGGGCCAGUUUGUAAAUUGAGUGGAGAGUGCAGGCUUCAAAUGAGAGGUUUUCUGAGACUAACAAUAUUUGGACACUGUAAAGCUAACUAGUUAUGCCUCCUAAAUUUGCUAAAGUCUAACACCAUUAAAAUGACAACUAAUGAUUUAAGAAAUAUUUUUCAAUACUCAGUCUUUUCAUGUCUCUUUUCCAGUCUUGUAAUGACCUUAAAUGUGAAAUAGAAAUUGAUGGUAAGUAAAACAAAGUGAAGAGCAUGAAGCUGAAGUUUUGCUCUGAGUUAAACAUCUGCACUGUGUAUAGAUUUUCAUUAAAACACACUGAUAGAAAACCACUUCUAUCUCUCAUUGCAUUUAGAACAAGCAAUUUAUUUUAUGCAUGAGAUGAGAAUAACCCUGUUUCCCCGAAGGUAAUAAGUUGCUUUGGGUUCUUUUUGAGAUUGAUUAAAUGACACAGUAGGUGUGUAUUAGAUAAAUGUAAGCAUUUUUAGUAUGUUUCCACCAUCUGUCCUCACCUGUAUCAGUAUCCAGCUAGUUGUAAAUAGUGCAGUCGCACAUCAGCCGAUAACCAUAGUAAAGUAUGCAAUAAAAAGACAAACAGCCAAUAAAAUGGACUGUGUUUAAGCCACUUUGAUUUGGAUGCAUACUGGGAAAUACAAUUCACUAACUCCUUUAUUUUUUUCUUGUGGGUGAAACCGAAACUCAGCUCAAUUUCAGUGGAUUUUGUCAGAUUAUCAGUGCAAUCUCUCAUAAUCUGUGCUGUAUUUCAAAAUAGUGAUGGCUAUACACGGAAUUAUUGUCCAAAUGGACUAGGCAAGAGAGCUAAAUUGGAAAAUCUACCAAUGCAGCCUCUCUUAGAGAAGUACUGAAGGAGACGGCAUGCUGUAGUUGUCUGAUUCCUGACUUAUUCUUCAUUAAACUGGUACCCAUUAGUACGUGUAAGCAUAUAUCUGUAUUAAAGGCAGGACAGCAUUCUGUGUAAGGCAAGGACCUUGAAAUAGUAGUAUUAAAAUUACUCAACUUGAAAUGAUAUGCUUGCUUCAUCCAGUUGAAGGAAAUCACUUUGGAAGAUAAUGAUCAACUUUACUUCAUUUGAAAGGCUUUGGAGCUCAAAAUGGGAGCAGAAGGGGCAGCUUUUUGUUGUUUGUUUGUUUUUUUAAUCAUACAUUUAUGGUUGCAUCUGUUGAGAAUAAGAAUGGAAGGUAUUGUAUCCUGCAGGCAAAAACUUUUGGAGAACAUUUUGGCUUUCUAAGGUCAACAUGAUCUGUGUCAGAUAGCCAGAAGAGAUGGUUAUAGUAAUCUGGCUUUCCUCAUCAUGUAUGUUAUGAAUGUCUCUAAUUAUUCCUGCUUUCAGCUCCAAAAGUUUUUGAGUUGCGUUGUGUAUCUUCCAGAAAAACAUCCAGUUAUUUAAUGUUUAGCCUCUGGAGGAUCAUCUACUACUCCCUUUGUUACAUGGUACUUGGGAGGUGAAGUUUAGAUACAGUUGCAGCUAAGGAACUUAAGUUGCAAUGACAAAGGUUGUAUCAUAAACUGUAUGCAUAAUUAGAUGAGUUUUGUAGCCCACUGUGUGCAUGGUGUGUCUUCAGAGUGCUCAGCUCUGCUGUGCCAGUCUCACACGAUAUGUCUUUCUUUGCCUGUGCUUUCCUGGGCUGUUUUUAAAGGAAAAAAGGCAUUACAGAAAAAUUCAGAAGUCAUCUCAUCCUCUGGUUGCAAACCUUUGUUACUGUAAGCUCUCUACAUCCCCACCCUAGCAGAACCCUUGAACACAUGUAAUAUGCCCUGUGUUAUAGUAUGCCCUGUGUUAUAUGUUCUUCAAUUCUGUGAAGAAUUUAUUCCCAUCCUGCAAUAGAAAUCCUAGAACUUACUCAUACUCUGCCUGAAAUCUUUAGA